AAGCAAGUGGGUUGGGUUCUUCAUCUUUUUCUCACAAUCACUUUCUUUCACAUUCUCCUUUUCCUCUUCUCUUCUCUUCCCACUUGUUCUUCUCUCUCUCUCUCUCUAACAAGAACCCUAAUUCAUCAAUGUAACUUUGAUUCUUACUUUACUCUUGCCUCUCUCUACCUCUCUUUGUUCUUGUGUUACUGUAUCAGUGAAGAUGCCAUUGAAGAAACCAGAUUCGAUCCACGAAGACGAUGACUGUCUAUUCGCCGUCGAAUACGACGGUCCACCGUUACCUUACGACAUCCCACGCGCCGUCCCCAUCAACAUGGACAGAAUCCCCGUCGCCGCCGUCGUCUCCCCCGUCUGCAUCUCCGCCGCCAUGUCCUUCCCCGUGAUUCAGCCGAUUCUCUCCAUCGACAGCACCAAGAAGCAGCUCUCCAGAGAGAAGAUGGUCUCUCCGACGUCAGUGAUCGAACACGUCUCCGACUCCACCGCCGUCUCCCCCACCGAGGAAGUGUCCGGCGAGUUGGAGGAGGAGACGACGGCGAGGGGUUUAGCCUUCUGCGAUAGCUUUGAGGUUAGUGAGGAGAAAGAGAGCUUAGAUAACGAGUCUGUUCUGAGUAUGGACUAUCCCUCCUCUAGGGUUACUGGUGACUGCGUUAGCGAAACUGGUGGGAAGAAGCAGCCGGUUGUUACUUUCUUAGGUAUUGCCUCUGAUGAUGAUGAUGAUGACGAAGAGGAGGAUUGUAACCAGAAGAGGACACGUGUUGUCCCCGUUAAGAAACAGCCUCAGACAAAGGGUAAAAAGGGUUCUUGCUACAGGUGUUUCAAAGGGAACAGGUUUACGGAGAAGGAAGUGUGUCUUGUCUGCGACGCUAAGUACUGUAGCAGCUGUGUGCUUAGAGCUAUGGGUUCGAUGCCUGAAGGGAGGAAGUGUGUUAGUUGUAUUGGGUGUCCUAUUGAUGAAUCGAAGCGUGGGAGUUUAGGGAAGUGUUCUAGGAUGCUUAAGAGGCUGCUUAAUGAUUUGGAGGUUAAGCAGAUUAUGAAGACUGAGAGGUUCUGUGAAGCUAAUCAGUUGCCGGCUGAGUAUGUGUAUGUGAAUGGGCAGCCUCUGUACCCUGAAGAGCUGGUUGCGCUUCAAACUUGCGCUAAUCCUCCGAAGAAGCUUAAACCUGGGGACUAUUGGUAUGAUAAAGUGUCUGGACUUUGGGGAAAGGAAGGAGAGAAGCCUUAUCAGAUCAUUAGUCCCCAUCUGAACGUUGGAGGUCCUAUUAGUGCAGAAGCUAGCAACGGAAACACUCAAGUUUUCAUAAACGGAAGGGAGAUUACUAAAGUGGAGCUAAGAAUGCUGCAGCUGGCAGGAGUUCAAUGUGCAGGUAACCCUCAUUUUUGGGUGAACGAGGAUGGAUCAUACCAAGAAGAAGGACAGAAGAAUACAAAGGGAUACAUAUGGGGAAAGGCUGGGACCAAGUUACUCUGUGCUGUAUUGUCACUUCCUGUUCCAUCAAAAUCUAUUUCUAAUGCUUCUGGAGACCAGCUCCACAGUGCUAACAGCAGAAGCAUUUUGGACCAUCUUGAGCACAGGACUUUGCAGAAGAUUCUUCUGGUUGGAAACAGCGGUUCUGGAACUAGCACAAUAUUCAAACAGGCGAAGAUCCUUUAUAAGGACGUACCGUUCUUGGAGGAUGAGCGUGAAAAUAUAAAGGUGAUUAUCCAGACCAAUGUGUAUGGUUAUCUCGGUAUGCUUCUUGAGGGACGUGAGCGGUUUGAAGAAGAGGCUCUUGGCGUCAUGAACACGAAGCAGUCUCUCAUUGAAGACGAAGAAGGAGAUGCUAAAAGCAACAUCAAGACGUUGUACUCCAUUGGCCCAAGGCUUAAAGCAUUUUCCGAUUGGCUGUUAAAGACCAUGGCUGCUGGAAACCUCGGUGUCAUUUUCCCUGCAGCGUCUCGUGAGUAUGCCCCACUGGUUGAGGAGCUAUGGAGAGAUGCAGCGAUCCAAGCUACAUACAAGCGAAGAAGUGAGCUUGGACUCCUUCCCAGUGUCGCUAGUUACUUCUUGGAACGGGCUAUUGAUGUAUUGACACCAGACUACGAGCCAUCAGAUUUGGAUAUACUAUAUGCAGAGGGAGUUACUUCCUCCAGUGGUUUAGCUUGUCUUGAUUUCUCGUUUCCACAGACUGCAGCUGAAGAGAAUCUUGAUCCUUCCGACCACCUUGAUUCUUUGCUCAGGUACCAGUUGAUAAGAGUACCUUCAAGAGGCCUCGGUGAAAACUGCAAAUGGAUAGAUAUGUUUGAAGACGUUGGGAUGGUCGUGUUCGUUGUCUCCAUGAGCGACUACGACCAGGUCUCAGAAGACGGAACAAACAAGAUGCUACUCGCCAAGAAACUCUUCGAAAGCAUCAUCACUCACCCCAUCUUUGAGCAGAUGGACUUCCUCUUGAUACUCAACAAGUACGAUCUUCUCGAAGAGAAAGUGGAACGUGUUCCUUUGACGCGCUGCGAGUGGUUCCAAGACUUUAACCCUGUGGUCAGUCGCCACCGCUCCAACAACAACAACGGUAACCCCACUUUGGGUCAGCUUGCCUUCCAUUACAUGGCGGUUAAGUUCAAGCGGUUCUACUCUUCCUUGACUGGCAAAAAGCUCUUUGUGUCUUCCAGCAAGAGCUUGGACCCGAACAGCGUUGAUGCGUCUCUCAAGUUAGCUAUGGAGAUUCUGAAAUGGAGCGAGGAGAGAGCGAACAUUUGCAUGAGUGAGUACUCUAUGUACAGCACCGAGCCAAGUUCCUUCUCGAAUUGAUGUUUGUCACAUUAUAAAUAAGCAAAAGUCUCUUAGUGUAGAUGUGUAUAGAUUUUAACAAGCAUAAAAUUUACAGACAAAUCUCUUUGUAAAACAGUUUUACAAUGCGAGUGAUUGGUGUUGGUCGAAAAUGUAUCGAACCUGCUCUUCAGCACUCAGCAAGACGUUCUUCACAA